AUGGAGGGAUCGUCGUACAAAGGUCUGAGAAAAGGUGCAUGGACUCCUGAAGAAGAUAGUCUUUUGAGGCAAUGCAUUAAUAAGUAUGGGGAAGGCAAAUGGCAUCAAGUUCCUUUACGUGCUGGGUUAAACCGAUGCAGGAAGAGCUGCAGACUAAGAUGGUUGAACUAUUUGAAUCCCAAUAUCAACAGAGGAGAAUUUACUUCUGAGGAAGUUGAUCUUCUCCUUCGCCUUCAUAAGCUUCUAGGAAACAGGUGGUCACUGAUUGCUGGUAGAUUGCCUGGUCGGACGGGUAAUGAUGUCAAAAAUUACUGGAACACCAAUUUGGCUAAGAAGAAAAAAACGUGUUGUACGAGCAAAAUGAGAACAAGAGAAGGGUCUUGUUCAGCUAAUGCAACGGCCCAAAUGCACAAUGUUCUAAGGCCUCGGCCUCGACCCUUCUCCAACAACAAUGGGUGCAGCUCGAUAAACAAUAUGUCAACAAUUUCCUUUGGCGAAGCAAGCACCAAAUAUGGUAUCACAAGUAACAAAGAUGAUUUUCUCAACAAUCAAAUGGAUGGAGAGAGUAUGUGGGCGAAGAGAUUUCUGGAAGAGAACCAAGAGGCGGAUGCAGUGGGUAGUGUAGGUAUUACAAUCGACGAGGGAGACAGUUUUUCGACCGAUUCAAUGUCUUCGACGUUUGAGAAUCUUGGAAGUUUGUUCAGUGCAGAUACUAGAGAGGUGGAUUUGGUUAUUACUCAAUGA